AUGUCUGAUUAGGAGGACUAAAUAAAUGCAGAUGAUAAUGAUGAUAAUGAAAAUUAGGUUAAUAAUUCUCAAGAGAAGGAGGAGCAAGAAAAAAAGGAGUAUUUCAAGGAACUCGUUGCUAGAUUGAAAGAAGUCUAGGCUUAAAUUAAGCAAACAAAGGCUGAUAUUGAAUAAGAGAAAUAUUUAAGACAGGAGGCCACAACGAAAUUGGAGGAGAAAAGAGAUCAGAUCAAAAAGCUCUUGAUUAAAUAAAAUCAAACUACAACUGAUAAAGUUGAAGCGUUGAUUAGAGAGACACUGGAAAAUCUUGUUCAACAGACUUUACAAAAGCAAUAGGAAUUGAGAGAUCUCAAAGAAAAUGAAAAAGAGAGAUCCUUUUUAAAUUAUGAAUUAGAAUUGCAAUUUAGAAAUUUAAGAAAGUAUGUCAGUGAAGUUAGAUAAGAAUUACAAGAGAGUGAUUAGCAUGCUCAAAAAUUAAAAAUAUAAAUAUAAAAAUAAACUAAUACUAAUUUACUGUUAAGAACAGAUGUCGAUGAAAAAUCAUAAAAGAUAUAACAGUUAAAAUAGGAGGCUUAAUAAUUAAGAGCAACAAUAUAAAAUUUAAAUGAUGUUAAGAAGGUUAUCAAUAGAGUUUCAGAUUAAGAAUAAAUUAUUAUAGAAGGUAAUCCUCAGAGAAAACCCAGAAAUUCCUAUAAUAACAAGUCCUCCUCUUAAUAAAGAGUAAAUUAUAAUGCGCAUGAAGUUGAUGAUAAUUUUUGGUAUGGUGAAAAGUAAUUAAAAUUGCCUUCAGUUCAAUCAACGAGGAAAAAGUAAUGAAUAAAUGAAUAUUUUUGUUCACUUCCUAAUAAAAUUAUCUUUAAAAUUUAA